AUGACGAGAAGAUACUCACAAGCGGAAAAAGGAAAGCGCCUAGCUCAACCUCCGGAACCACCACGCCUGGGAAGAGUCAAAGUCCCAGAGUUUGACAACACAGAUCUGGUGAAGAAACAUGCCCUGACCUUGAUAGGUAGGGUGACUAACCCAAAGAUCCAACGAAUGUGGUCACUCAUUCCAUUCUUCAUGGAAAACUGGAAAACCAGCUCACCAGGAGUAGGGGCUGACCUGGGACAUGGGAAAUUUCAAUUCCAGUUCGCCACAAAGGAAGAUAUGCAAUUGGUACUGGACAACAGACCUUACCAUUUUGCACACUGGAUGAUUAUUCUGCAGCAAUGGGAACAGACUGUCUUUGAAAUCUGGGAAAUUACUAAAGCGCAUGCAAAGAUGAGGGUGCAAAUCAAUGGUCUACUACCACUACUGAAAACCUACACCUUAGAGUUUGCUAAUGGAGAUGAAGUUUUAGCAACUCUAGUCUAUGAGAAGCUAGAAAAACAUUGUGUAAAAUGUGGUAUGCUCGACCAUGAGGAAAGUGAAUGCCCUGACCUCUCUCUGAAGCAAACGGAGGAAGUCAUACCCCCGCCUCCAGCAAGGAGAAUUGAAACUCCACCUACUCGAGCCAGCUGGGAUACGUCUCGAACUGUCACUGAACGCCGAAGAGAAGAACCUCACAGGGAGGAGAACUGGAGGAGGAGCUCAAGAGCCGUGCUCAGUAGCGACUUUCAACCUCAACACAACAACAACCUACAAAAAGACAGAUGGUCGAAUAAUUCAAGACACUCUAGUUCUCAAUGGGAACGAGAAAGGCUCUCGAGCUACAAACCUGGAUAUCGCUCAAACCUUUCCCACCGAGAUUUCCACAAGGGUGGUAAUCCUCGUUGGGUUGAGACAGGACGCAGGAUUGCCACAUCGGUCCUAGCAGACAACACAAGCAGAAGUAGAAGUGGUGAUCAAAGAGAGGAGUCUUUAAGAGAAAGAAGGCAGGAGAACGAAAGAAGUAGAGAGAGGAGGAGUGGAGAAAGAAGAAGUGGAGACACACAUACCCCGCAGCACAACAAUACGGGACGAUCUGGGGCAGAAUCCUCACAGUCUAGAAACCACCACCAGUCCGGCCACCAAGUCACACCAAUAAUUGAUCUUCCAGUAGCAGCCCUAACGGAAGCAAGGGAGGAAGUACGGGAAGUAAUGUCUCAGUAUGCUAACUGCGCUGACCCUACAGAGAGUGCAGCUCGAAAAGAGAGAAUGAGGCUAGCGGAGGAAAGAGGAGAAUUUGAAGAUACGGCAGUGCAGAUGGUCAGACACUCAAUCAAAUCUCAAAACCAAAUCCCCGAACAAACUGAAGAGGAGACAUUAGAACCGCUUAUGCACGAAAGAAUCCCGGCCACGCGGCGUCUCGGACCAGUCCUGACAGAUAUCCAUAUUGAAGAGGAACCAGCUAGAGUGCCUGCAAAGAAAAGACUGGGAAGACCUCCAAAUAAGAAGAAAAUUAUGCCAAGUUCCCCACCAAUACCAAAGAAACGGAGAAUGCCACAACUUACAGGAUCUCCAAAGAGACGUUUGCUCAUGGGAAGUUCAUCAAGGAAGACACCGUCCAAAGUUCCAUCAAAAUCAAAGAAACAACCGUCUUGCGCUAUAAUUCCUGCUAUCUCGAAGCAGAGGAUGGAUUUUCACGAUCCAUCCAGUCAUCUCCCUUAA